GGAGCUCGGCGUGGCCUGGCCGCCCCGCUGCCUGCGCUUUGUUUGUGCCGUGCUGGCCGCUGAACUUUCGGGCUGGGGUUGAGGGGGGACAAGAAAUAGUUGUUGGCCAGAGCGUUGUGACGCUGGCGCAUUAUAGGGCUUUCAGAGAGAUUCCCAGCAGCGGGAAUAGGAAGGGUACUCGUGCUUCUUUAGCUGGGGCGCGCAAAUGGGAGUCAUUCACCAGCCGCUGUGACCUUACUGUGUCUAAGGAUUCCAGCAGAUUUCAGAGGGUAAUAUUCCAGAUAUAUCCUGAAAUCUAUGUUGAAAAGAAAGAACAGUCCUCUAAAAUUUCCCUGAUAAAACAAAACAAUUCAAACUUCUGCAGAGAGGAUGUGAUCUUCGUGGUGAGCUGGUGGGAAAAUUGAGUUAUAAAUCACCCCAAUGGAUGCGGACAGUGAUGUUGCACUGGACAUUUUAAUCACAAAUGUAGUGUGUGUUUUUAGAACAAGAUGUCAUUUAAACUUGAGGAAGAUUGCAUUAGAGGGAGCAAAUGUGAUAUACAAGCGUGAUGUUGGGGUAUUUAUUAAUGUAUUUACAAUACAUUACUUGUACAGAAAUGGGAGUGAUGAAAUGCUGUCUCAGGAGACAGCACUUGGUGAGGUGAAUAUUUGGUACAAGAAGGUUUUAAUGAAACUUAGGAAACCUAGGAUUACGGCCACAAUUUGGUCCUCAGGAAAAGUUAUUUGCACAGGAGCCACAAGUGAAGAAGAAGCUAAAUUCGGUGCCAGACGACUAGCUCGUAGUCUACAGAAACUAGGUUUUCAGGUAAUUUUCACAGAUUUUAAAGUUGUGAAUGUUUUAGCAGUGUGCAACAUGCCCUUUGAGAUAAGAUUGCCAGAAUUUACGAAGAAUAACAGACCUCAUGCGAGUUAUGAACCAGAACUUCAUCCUGCCGUGUGUUACAGAAUAAAAUCUCUCAGAGCUACCUUACAGAUUUUUUCCACAGGCAGUAUCACAGUUACAGGGCCAAACGUAAAGGCUGUUGCCAGUGCUGUGGAACAGAUUUACCCAUUCGUGUUUGAAAGCAGGAAAUAAAUUUUGUAAUUCACCACUUGAUGGUUAGGUUCCCUAACCGAGCACCUUCAAAGACUGCUGCACAUUGGACUAAAAGCAAAAAGGAAAACUGGACCAACCAUAGCAGAGGAAUACAGACUCUUUUACUUGCUCAUGGCCACAGUUUAGACUCCAGUUCUUUUGGAUUUUCCUCUUAACAGUGCUGUAUUGUAAAAACAGAAGUUUACAAGAUAUGAAAUUGCUGCUUUUAAAAAGACAUUCUAUUUAUUUUUGCAGUAAUUUCUGUGUAUUCAUAAGCAAAGCUGUCACGAUGUGCACUACCUUUAAGACAUUUUUUUUUAGCUUGAGCUUGUGUUUUAUUUGUGAAUAGUCUUUUACAUUUUUGUAUGCUGAAUAUUGGGCACCAAAGAAGCUGUAAAAGUUAUCUUUUUCACCUGAUGAAUGUGCACAAAUAAAAGUUUGGAAAAUAUUUCUCUUCAUACCUGUUCUGUUAUAUUCCUUCCCUUUUUAUAUUACAAUUAAAAUUGUAUAGUUGCGAAUUAAUUUGAAACAAUGUAAGAAUAGUCUUUUGCUGAUACCUUCUGUUUCUGUUUGUAGUAUGUGUAAAACUUUGUGCUUGGGCUAGAUUGAAAUCUAUAGUAGUUACGUAUGUUUAUCUGAGGAUGAAAUUUGGUUUGUUCCCAGUUCUCUUAACUACAUGCCAGACUUGAAGUAUUUUCUUGUUGUUACAUGAAGAGAAGACAUUUCUAAAUAUAAAGGUCUACAGCAAGUGUUUUCCUGUAGAUGAAUUGUAGAAUAUGCUGAGUUGGAAGGGAGCCAUCAGGAUCACCGAGUCCAACUCCUGGCCCUGGGCAUGACACCCCAAGAGUCACACCCUGUGCCUGAGAGCAUUGUCCAAACGCUUCUGGAACUCUGUCAGGCUGGUGCUGUCACCACUUCCCUGGGGAGCCUGUUCCAGUGCCCAACCACCCUCUGGGUGAAAAACUUUUUCCUGAUACCUAUCCUAAACCUCUGACUCAGCUUCACGCUGUUUCCUCAAGUCCUCUCACUGGUCACGAGAGUGAAGAGAUUGGUACCUGCCCUUCUGCUUCCCCUCGUGAGGAUGUUGAAGACCACAAUGAGGUCUCUCCUCAGUUUCCUCUUCUCCAAGCUGAACAAACCAAGUGACCUCAGCCCCUCAUAAGGCUUCCCCUCCAGACCCUUCACCUUGUGACCCUCCCUUGGACGCUGUCUGAUAGCUUAAUUACGUUAUCAACUUAUGAAGCUACUGUAGAAAAAACAACUGCCUUGUCCACCUACUCAAUGCAAAAGAAAAAAAUUUAAAUGUGAACUUCAGGAAAAUUGUUGUGCUUCAACUGGAGAAGAUGUUGUGGUCACUCUAAUGCAGCCCCAGCCUAUUGUUGAAUGAUUAACACAGACCUUUUCUACACUCUUCUUACUGUAUACUGUUUUGAUGACAGGAGCUGCCAACAAGCAGUGAAGCUUGAUUCUGGCAUGUAUUAUUAUUGGUAUUAAUCUUGGACUUGGAAGCCAGUAGAUGUUUCUCUCAGUAAGUGCACAUUUGAAGCAGAAGAGAGGUGAAUGCUUAAAAGUAACUGCAAAUGCUACUUUUAAAAAGAUACAAUAAAUAUGUAUAAAUGUA